AUGGACCCAGAAGCAACCACAUCUUAUUUGGAUUAUGCCUAUGCUGCCAGCCCAAAUCCUGACGUUAAGGAGAACAUCCUCUGUGUUUCUUAUAAAUCUCUCCUCUUCCCCAUCUUUUACGCAACCGUGUUCCUGAUCGGAGUGUUGGGGAACUUGGUCCUCAUGACAGCAUUGCAUAUCAAACGGAGAGACAGAAGACUGAUCGACAUCUUUAUCAUUAACCUGGCCAUCUCUGACUUCAUUUUCCUCAUCACUUUGCCUCUCUGGGUGGAUAAAGAAGCAUCUUGUGGCCAGUGGAGGACAGGCUCCGUCCUAUGCAAAGGCAGCUCCUACAUGAUCUCAGUCAACAUGCACUGCACUGUCUUCUUGCUCACCUGCAUGAGUGUUGACCGCUACUUAGCCAUCAUGUGUCCAGUUUUAUCGAGGAAAUUCAGAAAGAGAGAGUGUGCGUAUGGACUCUGCGCCAGCAUCUGGUUUCUCUCCUGCCUGCUAGGAUUGCCUACUCUUCUGUCCCGGGAGCUCAUCUUCAUUAAUGAUAAGCCAUACUGUGCAGAAAAGAAGGCCACAUCAACUAAACUGACCUGGGCCCUCAUGGCCUUAAUUGUCACCUUUUUUGUCCCUUUAGUGGGCAUCGUCACCUGCUACUGUUGCAUCACAAGGAAGCUGUGCACCCAUUACCAGCAGCCAGGAAAACAUAACAAAAAACUGAGAAAAUCCAUACAGGUCAUCUUUAUUGUUGUGGCUGCCUUUGUCAUCUCCUGGCUGCCCUUCAAUACUUUCAAGCUGCUGGCCAUUGUCUCUGGGUUGCAGCAAGAGCUCUCCUUGUCUUCAGCUGUUCUCCAGCUGGGCAUGGAGGUGAGUGGGCCAUUCGCAUUUGCCAACAGCUGUGUCAACCCUGUCAUUUACUAUAUCUUUGACAACUACAUCCGCAGGGCCAUUGUGCACUGCUUGUGCCCUUUCCUAAAGCAAUCGGACUUUGGGAGCAGCACCGAGACAUCAGAUAAUCACCUCACUAAGGUAUUCUUCAACUUUGUUUAUUUAGAAGAUUUAGUCAGAAGGAGAAAGAGGUCUGUGUCUAAAAGGCAUGCUGAUGUUUCUGCUGGUGUAUUGGAGACUUAA